AUGCCCAGGAACAAGAGACCUCACCAGGUGAAGAGGGUCGACGGGGCAUCCAGCGAAAAACGAAAGCGGGCGAUCGUUUCGCCAUCUGCUGCCCCUCAUCAUCACACUCUUCGGGCACAGAAUGCGGAAAGUACACCCGCUUCCCCCAAGUCCAUUGAGGAUGUUGCUCGUCUCUUCAUCGGGGUGAAUAACGGCAGCAGCUGUGGCAAAGCAUACGAGAACACUGAGAGGGCCAGCGUGCAACUGAAGAAAGCAAAGGGUUCGACAAAACGACUCCGCGAAGAUGUAGAGAACGGCACAGUGUGCAAACGCUUACCGAUGAAACAGCACAAGAGUCCCACAAUCAGUGCAUUGUCGUCGACGGCCACGAUCACCACCAUGACUGAGAGGAAGACACGCAGGCCGCCCAAGGCGGCAGGGAGGAAUGAGGAUGAUGACGACGAUGAUGUCGAACUGGCCAAGGCUGUACAGGCGCAGACGCUGAACUUCCUGCAGCGCUUGAGCUCGAAGAAUAGCACAGCCUUCUGGGGGUUACGCGACGUCGCGCAAGGCAAGCGAUGCACUGCAGCAACAACAGCGGCUACCGCUACGUCAUCUCUCUCCUCGUCCUCCUCACCCUCGAGCAAGAAGGCCGCGAAAAGCAGCGCCAAGGGGACGAAGAAGCUGCUCGACGAUGGGGAGGAGCUAUGGCGCGUUGGUGGCCCGUACAUUCCCUGUUAUCAGGACGGCGACAGCGAUGGGGGUGAACGAGGAAGUGGGCACACCAGCGGAUCUGAAUCAAAGAGUUCGACGAGCAGCAGCGAGCCGUCCUGGGUGACAGACAGCAGUGAAGAUAUAGAUGACGGCAGCAACGACGACGGGAACUACGCCGAAAAGAGCUCUCCUGUCGCCACUGGUGCUUCCAGCCGACGCGGGGUCGCGGGGGCGCGAAAGCAAAGCGGUGGUGGCUGCCUUUUUCAGAGCGGUGAUGAUGGCGUCUGGGACGAUGACUGA